AAUCAAAACAUGCUGAUUGGUUCAUAGACCACUUUGGGUGGUUAUGUCUCAACUCCUACGCCGCUUCCUUACAGAGAAGCUGAGUUGUCGCUUCACAAUGCCACCCAAAUACAUUUAAAACACUAAAUAAAUAAAAACCCUAACAAAUAACAAAUUUUGUUUUCCCUAAGAAAAAAACCAGAAUUUCUUUAUACCCAUCGAUCUUCCGGUUGGUUUGUUCCAUCCAAAAGAAAAAAAAAAAAAAAAAAAAAAGUGGAAAAAUCCUAAUCACUCAUCCGAUUCUGAUGUCAAAUCCCGAAGACUCUGCACCCACGCAACAGGAUGUGUCGCUACCGCCUGCCCCUCCGGCGGCCGACUUGAAAAGCCAAAGUUCAGCACCAAGCAGCUUCGGGGUGUCGGAGAUCGUGAGCCGGUGGCGGAGGGAGGAUAUAUUAAAACGCCGCGCUUUGGCUCUGAGAGGAUUUGCGUUUAUCUUUUCGUUGCUUGCUUUCAUUAUUAUGGCUAGCAAUAAACAUGGGGAUUGGAAAGAUUUCGACAAGUACGAAGAAUUCAGGUACGUGUUGGCAAUUGAAAUUCUGUCCACUUUGUACACGGGCGCCCAAGUUUUGCGGCAAUUUCAUGAACUUUCAACUGGGAAAUCUGUGAUUCUACCCCAAAAAUCUGUCUUUAUCGACUUUAUUGGAGAUCAGAGUGCGGCGUAUUUGCAAAUGUCGGCGGCAUCUUCAGCAGUUCCGAUGACAAACAGAAUGAGAGAAGGCUCUGAUUCUUUUUUUACUGAUUCCUUGGCUGCUUCUGUUACUAUGUCUUUUUUUGCCUUCUUGUCUUUGGCUUUAUCCUCUAUCAUUUCUGGAUACAAACUCUCUACUCAUUCUUAUAUUUAAUUUUUAUUUCAUUUUUUCA